GAGAAGCUUUUCACCAACCCGAGCAAUUCUACUUCGCCUUUUGCCGUUCCUUCCGUAUAUGUGUGUGUCCUGACAAACUCCAGAUCUGGAUUAGAUCAAUACAACAAGACACAUUUUCUAGUCCAGAAAAAAAUUAGAGGUACUUGAUAGUCUCCUUCCGCCAUGACCACCGAUUACGUGGUUGGGGUCCGCUGGGAUCCUGCCACCCAGCAAGAAAUGGAUGAGUUUGAAUAUGAUGGAGGGAAUAGUUCUUCGCGACUUUUCGAACGAUCUCGAAUACGAGUUUUAGCAGAUGAGAGGGAAAAUGUACAAAAGAAAACUUUCUGCAAGUGGGUCAAUUCCCACCUUCUACGCUCAAACUGCCGCAUAACAGAUCUUUACACAGAUUUGAGAGAUGGAAAGAUGCUUAUGAGAUUGCUGGAAAUAUUAUCAGGCGACAGAUUGCCAAGACCCACAAAAGGGAAAAUGCGAAUACAUUGCCUUGAAAAUGUAGAUAAAGCAUUGCAGUUUCUUCGAGAGCAACGAGUUCACUUAGAAAAUUUGGGCUCACAUGAUGUUGUGGACGGCAAUCCUCGCUUAACAUUGGGAUUGAUCUGGACCAUUAUUUUACGUUUCCAGAUUCAAGACAUUACCAUUGAAGAAGUUGACAACCAGGAGACUAAAUCAGCUAAAGACGCUUUGCUGCUUUGGUGCCAGAUGAAAACUGCUGGCUAUCCUAACGUCAAUGUGAGGAAUUUUACAACAAGCUGGAGAGAUGGAUUAGCAUUUAAUGCUCUGAUUCACAAGCACAGGCCUGAUUUGAUACAGUAUGACAGGUUGUCACGAUCCAAUGCUAUUUAUAAUUUGAAUCACGCUUUCACGGUUGCUGAACAGAGAUUAGGAAUCAUGAAGUUGUUGGAUGCUGAAGAUAUAUUUGUAGAAUAUCCAGAUGAAAAAUCAAUCAUUACAUAUGUUGUCACCUACUACCAUUAUUUCUCUAAAAUGAAACAAGAAACAGUCCAGGGACGUCGUAUUGGAAAUGUUGUUGGUCAAGCGAUGCAAAGUGAGAAAAUGAUUCACGAAUAUGAAACUUUGACUUCUAAUCUUCUGAAGUGGAUCAAGCAAACGAUUGCUGCUUUGUCCGAUAGAAAAUUUGCAAAUUCAUUAUUCGGAGUUCAACAACAACUUCUGGCCUUUAAUUCUUACAGAACUGUAGAAAAACCACCAAAGUUUGUUGAAAAAGGCAACCUCGAAGUAUUGCUAUUUACCAUUCAAAGUAGGAUGAGAACUACCAAUCAGCGAUUGUACUUUCCUCCAGAGGGGAAAACGAUAUCUGAUAUCAACAGAGCAUGGGAGAGUUUAGAAAAAGCUGAACAUGAAAGAGAAUUGGCACUCAGAGAUGAACUUAUAAGGCAAGAGAAGCUUGAGCAGUUAGCAGCCAGAUUUGAUCGCAAAGCUGGAUUGCGCGAAACUUGGCUCAGUGAAAAUCAAAGAUUGGUGUCCCAAGACAAUUUUGGCUUUGAUCUUCCUUCAGUAGAAGCAGCUGCAAAGAAGCAUGAAGCCAUUGAAACAGACAUAUAUGCUUAUGAAGAAAGAGUGCAAGCAAUUGUUGCUGUAGCCCAAGAGCUGGAAACCGAAAAUUACCACGAUAUUGCCAGAAUACAAGCAAGGAGAGACAAUGUUCUUCGAUUAUGGAACUACUUAUUAGAACUUCUCCGUGCACGUCGCACAAGAUUAGAGGACUCGAUAACACUUCAACAAACUUUCCAGGAGAUGAUAUAUAUUCUCGAUACCAUGGAAGAACUCAAGAGUCGUUUGCUUACUGAAGAUUCAGGAAAACAUUUGAUGGGCGUUGUCGACUUACUGCAAAAACACAGUUUGAUUGAAGCCGACAUUAAUGUCCUGGGAGAGAACGUUAAAGCAGUUAUUCAACAUCUUCAGGCAUUCUUGGACACUAAGAGCAAAAGUGGAUAUCAAGUUUGUGAUCCUCAGUACAUUCAAGAAAGAAUAAAGCAACUGGAGGCUGCUUAUAUCGAAUUGGUGCAACUUGCUUCUGAUAGACACAACCACCUAAUUGAAUCACGUAAAUUGUGGCAAUUCUUCUGGGAUAUGGCCGAAGAAGAAGCAUGGAUUAAAGAAAAAGAAAGGAUAUUGUCAUCGGGUGACAUUGGUCAUGAUCUAACAGCCAUUCACUUACUUAUUAGUAAAAACAAGGCCGCUGAAGGUGAAAUCAACAACCAAGAAAAACAAAUUCAAGCGCUUGUCCAGAUUGGCGAAGAUUUAAUUGCCGCCAAUCACUUCAGUUCAGACAGCAUCCGUGAGAGAAUCGAUGAAAUUCAGACUAUGCUGGCCAAUCUCAGGAAGCUCCAACAGCAGAGAAUGAAGAGAUUAACUGACGCUGUUGAUUAUCAUCAGUUUUUUACUGAUGCUGACGAUGUGGACACUUGGAUGCUGGAUACACUUCGAUUAGUGUCUAGCGAAGAUAUAGGUAGAGAUGAAGCAAAUGUUCAAUCUCUUCUUAAAAAGCAUAAGGAUACCACUGAUGAUCUGAAGAAUUUCGCUAGCACCAUAGAUGCAUUACAUCAACAAGCUGGAGCUCUUGGAGAUGAACAUAGAACAGCUCCAGAAGUUUUGGAUAGACUUUCUAGCAUAGAUCGCAGAUAUAAAGAAUUAGUGGAGUUGGCAAAAUUAAGAAAACAACGCCUCCUUGAUGCCUUAUCACUGUACAAAUUGUUUAAUGAAGCUGAUGGUAUUAAGCAAUGGAUUGUUGAAAAGGAAAAAAUGUUAGACUGCAUGGUUAUGAGCAAUGAUAUUGAAGAUAUCGAAGUGAUGAAACACCGUUUUGAAGGAUUUGAGCAAGAAAUGAAUGCCAACUCUUCCAGAGUUGCUGUCAUUAACCAGCUUGCUCGGCAACUGCUACACGUAGAUCAUCCAAAUUCAGAAGAGAUAUUGGUACAACAAAAUAAUCUCAAUGAAAGGUGGGCUGCAUUAAAAGCUACAGCUGAGCGUAAAAAGGAACAAAUACAAUCUGCUCAUGGAAUACAAACAUUUCAUAUUGAAUGCAAAGAAACUAUUACAUGGAUUGAAGAAAAGAAGAAGCUUUUGGAAGCAACCGAAGACCUGGGUGAUGAUUUGGUCGGUAUUAUGACACUCCAAAGAAGACUGAGCGGUAUGGAACGAGAUUUAGCUGCUAUACAUGCUAAGCUUGAAAAUCUUGAAAAAGAGGCUGAAAAGAAUAAAAUGGAGCACCCAGAAGAAGCUGAAAAGAUUGAGAGAAAUCUUGAAAAGAUUAAAGUAUCAUGGGAAAAACUGACUAAUCUCCUUAAAGAGCGUGAUGCAAAAUUGGAGGAGGCAGGAGAUUUGCACCGCUUCUUGAGAGAUUUAGAUCACUUCCAGUCUUGGCUCACCAAAACACAGACAGAUGUUGCAUCAGAAGAUAUACCGUCGAGUCUCACAGAAGCAGAGAAUCUCAUCACCCAGCAUCAGCAAAUCAGAGAAGAGAUCGACAAUUACACUGAAGAUUAUAAUAAUUUGAUGGAAUAUGGUGAGAAAAUUACAAGAGACCAAACAGAUGCUCAGUACAUGUUCUUACGUGAAAGGCUACGAGCUCUUCAAGAUGGAUGGACUGAGUUGCUGCAAAUGUGGGAGAACAGACAAAUGGUUCUAUCGAACAGUUUGGAUUUCCAGGUGUUUAUGAGAGAUGCUAAGCAAGCUGAAGUGUUAUUGAAUCAGCAAGAGAAUUAUCUUAUGAAGGAUGAAACUCCAAGUAGUUUAGAACAAGCAGAAUGUCUUAUAAAAGAGCACGAAACCUUCCUUACAACUAUGGAGGCUAAUGAUGAGAAGGUCAAUGCUGUUAUCCAAUUUGCACAAAGACUGUGCGAAGAUAAUAACUUUGCUGCAGAUAAGAUUCACAAGAAAGCUGAAAAUAUGGCUGAAAGGCGUAAUGCUAAUCACGAGAGAGCAGCUCAAAGAAUGGACAAACUGAGAGAUCAGAUGCAACUUCAACACUUUCUCCAAGACUGCAAGCAGCUUUCUGAAUGGACUCAAGAAAAAUACAUCACGGCCCAGGACGAUACUUACCGCAGUGCUAAAACCAUUCACAGCAAAUGGACCAGACAUCAGGCUUUUGAAGCUGAAGUUGCUGCAAAUAAAGAUCGCCUUAGAAAACUGCAGCAGAGUGGCGAAGAACUUGUGAGAGAAAAACGGAACUGGGCACCUAUAAUUUAUCCUCAACUUGCAGAGCUUGAACAGCAAUUUGAAGCACUGGAGAAUGCUACGAAAGAAAAGGGAGAAAGAUUGUUUGAUGCCAACCGUCAAGUUUUGUACAUGCAGACUUGUGAUGACAUUGACAACUGGAUUACGGAACUCGAAAAUCAAGUUCUUACUGCUGAAACUGGUCAAGAUCUCACGAGCGUUAACCUUAUUUUACAGAAGCAACAGGCAGUUGAAACUCAAAUGGCCCUCAAGGCCAAGCAAGUGACUGAACUGAAAGAUCAAGCUGAAUACUUAGAAAAUCUAGCUCCAGAAAAAACUGAUGAAAUUGAAUAUAAGAAAGCUCACGUCGAGGACCGAUUCAAACGCCUACUUGCACCUUUAAAUCAACGCAAAUCUCAACUAAUGAAGAAAAAAGAAGCCUUCCAAUUUUGCAGAGAUGUUGAAGAUGAAAAAUUGUGGAUUCAAGAAAAGAUGCCUUUAGCUACUUCCUCAGAAUAUGGAAAUAGUCUUUUUGGAGUUCAAAUGCUCAAAAAGAAAAAUCAAUCUCUCCAAUCAGAAAUUGACAAUCAUGAGCAUAGAAUCGUCUGCGUUUGUGAAAACGGAAAUAAGUUGAUACAAGAAGGCCAUGAAGAUGCUGCAAAAUUUAAGCGAUUGAUAUCAGAACUGCAGUGCCUUUGGAUGGAACUGAAAAAUGCAAUCCAGUUCAGAAGAAUCAAGUUAGAGGAAUCAGAGAAAGCUCAGCAGUACUUCUUUGAUGCCUCAGAAGCCGAAGCAUGGAUGAGCGAACAGGAACUUUACAUGAUGUCUGAAGACAAAGGAAAAGAUGAAAUAAGUGCCCAGAAUUUAAUGAAGAAGCACACAAGCUACGAAAAUGAAAUAGAUGUUUUUUAUGAAACUGUCAUGCAACUGGGAGACAUAUCUAAACAGCUGUCUGCAGCCAACCAUCCUUUGUGCCAUGAAAUCACUCUGAGACAGGCCCAGUUAGAAAAACUGUACAGUAGUUUGAAAGAUCUUGCUCUGGAGAAAAGAACGAAACUGGACGAAGGUCUUCAACUUUUCGGUUUGAAUAGAGAAGUGGAUGACCUAAUGCAAUGGAUUGCAGAUAAAGAAAUUGUUGCUGGAUCCCAAGAACUGGGACAAGAUUAUGAACAUGUCACUAUGCUACAAGCUCGAUUCAAGGACUUUGCCAAAGAAACACAAUCAAUCGGUCGUGAGAGAGUAUCCAAAAUCAAUUUCCAUGCCGACAAACUGAUAAAUGCUCAUCAUGGUGACAGUGCUACCAUUGCUGAAUGGAAGGACAUGCUAAACGAAGCCUGGGCAGAUCUCCUGGAGCUAAUCGAGACCAGAACCCAGAUGUUGAAAGCAUCCUGGAAGUUGCACAGAUUCUUUUACGACUGCGCUGAUGUUCUCGGUCGUAUUAUUGAAAAGCAAAAUGAGAUGCCAUACGAACUUGGAAGAGAUGCUGUCAGCGUCUCCAGCUUACAGAGGAAGCAUAUCAGUUUCGAACAUGAUCUACAAACUUUGGGAUCUGCAGUCCAGCAAAUUCAGGACGAUGCUGUUCGGUUCAAUUCCAUCUACGCAGGCGAGAGGGCCAAUGAGAUUAGCAGCAAAGUGUCAGAGGUUGUGAGUGCUUGGCAAAAACUACUGCACAUGUGCGAGACUAGAAGAGAAAAGUUGGCCGACACUGGAGAUCUCUUCCGCUUCUUGAACAUGGUGAGAGACCUCAUGCAGUGGAUGGAGGAGACGGUCAGGUUGAUGAACACAUCAGAAAAACCAAGAGAUGUUUCCGGUGUUGAGUUAUUAAUGAAUAACCACCAAAGUUUGAAAGCUGAAAUAGAUACUCGUGAGGAUAAUAUAUCAGUGUGUAUAAAUCUUGGAAAAGAACUGCUUGCUCGCAAUCACUAUGCUUCUAAUGAGAUAAAAGAAAAACUCUUAUCAUUGACCAAUCAAAGGACCUUGAUGAUGGAUCGCUGGGAGGAGAGAUGGGAGCAUUUGCAACUGAUCCUCGAAGUUUAUCAAUUCGCCAGAGAUGCGGCAGUAGCAGAAGCAUGGCUGAUUGCCCAGGAACCGUAUCUUUUAAGCCAAGAACUAGGACAUUCAAUAGAUGAAGUCGAACAAUUGAUUAAGAAACACGAGGCGUUUGAAAAGUCUUUUGCUGCCCAAGAAGAAAGAUUUGCAGCUCUUAAGAUCUUAACAACUCUUGAAUUAAAAGAGCAAGAUCGUCGUGCAAAGGCUGCUGCUGAUCAGAAAGCACUAUACGAACUGGAUGAACAUAUGAAACGCCAUUCUGGGUUUUAUGACGAUGCGUAUGAAAGAGAUUUUACAAAAAAGCAAGAGACAGAAAGGCAGGAACAAGAUCGACUUGCAGCAGAAAGAUUAGCAGCUGAAGGAGAAACAUCAACGACCAAGUCAGAUGUCACUGAAGUUGAUACUCAAGCUUCAGAAAGAGAAAAGAAAGCAGAAAUUUUAAGGCCAAGCUCUCUCACUCAAAAACCUUUUGAAGGACCUUUAAUAAGGAAACAUAACUUCGAAUCUGCAACCAAAAGAGCAACCAACAGGUCCUGGGAAAAAGUUUACAUACUAGUAAAAGACCGUAUGCUGUACACAUAUAAAGACCAAAAGCAUUGCAAACAGGAGCCAGACAAUUUUUACCAUGGAGAGCCUCCAAUGGACUUGAGAGGAAGCGAAGCAGCAAUAGCAUUAGAUUAUACAAAGAGAAGACAUGUCUUAAAAUUAAGACUCGCAAAAGGAGGUGAAUAUCUUUUCCAAGCCAAGGAUGAGGAGGAAAUGCUUCGCUGGUUAUCACACCUUCAACAGGCAUCCUCAGAGGAGACUGCUGGUCCAGGUUAUUCACAAACUUUGCCACUGAGACGAAGUGAAGAGAGAAAAGACGAGCAAAAGCGCCGCAGUCUCUUCUCCAAGAAGAAAUGAACUACCUAGUUUAUAAUUUUAAUAUGGUAGUGGCCACACUAGAAAUGUAUAUUUCUGAGAAACCAUAGAGAUUCAUUAUUUCAGUGUGAAUGCUGAAAUUUUAUAAAUUCAUCCAUUUCUCAGUUCAAAACUAUUUAAAAGCAAUCAUUGUUCAUCCACAAAAUUUUUAUACUAACAUGUAUUUUUGGAAGAAGAGUGUUUUAGAUUCAUUUGCUACUUUUAAAACCAAAAUAAAAUUUCAAUACAAGACAAUUCAUUUUUAUAAUAAUUUAAUAAUAUUGUGAAGCUUUUAUUAUAAAACUGAAAUAAUUUAAUAAUAUUAUUUAUCAGUUUAGAGUAGAAAUUCAUUAAUAUUUAUGCCAUGGGUUCUCAAUCUCUUUAAAUUCUUUGCCCAAUAAAUAUGAAUAAAAAAUAUGUACUUUUAUAUAAAAAAAUAUCCUGAGAUUGCAUCUUAAAUCAAGUGUUUGGUAAUCAUAGGGCAAAAAAAAAUGUUACAAUAUAAUAAGAUAAAAAAAUAUCUCAAGUCCUAAAUUUGUGUACAUGCACAUAGCCAUGAGUGUGCAAGGUAAGAUAAAAAGCAAACUAUGAAAGUCUUACAAUUCACAAAGCUAAAUUCUUGGAAAAGCCAAGUUAAAGGAAUGCCAAUAUGCAUUGAAAAACACAGAUUAAAAAAAAUAUUAAAAGGGGUUGUCAUUCUACAUUCAUUUCCAAUAUGCAUAUAAUCUGCCAUGUUAAAAUAAUACCAUCAAAAAUAAUACAAUGGUACAUGUACCAUAAUUUGAAACCAACCCCCCACUGUUAUUUAUAUUAUGCUAUUACAUUAAAAGAGCAUCAAAAAAUAAAAUGUUCCAGUUUGGCAUAAGAACAAAUAUUUAAUUUUUUAAAAGUUUGACUAUAGAACAUGGUAUUUUUAUCAAUUCAUGAAAGUCUCCUCUAAGCUGAAAAAUAUAAAUUUUACAGCUGUAAUUUAUAUAAGAGCUUUAAAAGGAUCUCACAGAAAUUCUGUUAAACCUCAAUAAAGUUUAUAAUUUA